GGCGCGGCCGGCGCGUUUCCCCGGGCUACAGCCGGCGCCGCCGCCCGCUCGUCCGCCGCCUUGCGCCAUGGCGGGCUGCGCGGCGCGGGCUCCGCCGGGCUCCGAGGCGCGUCUCAGCCUCGCCACCUUCCUGUUAGGCGCCUCGGUGCUCGCGCUGCCGCUACUCACGCGCGCCGGCCUGCAGGGCCGCACCGGGCUGGCGCUCUACGUGGCCGGGCUCAACGCGCUGCUGCUGCUGCUCUAUCGGCCGCCGCGCUACCAGAUAGCCAUCCGAGCUUGUUUCCUGGGCUUUGUGUUCGGCUGCGGUGUGCUGCUAAGUUUCAGCCAGUCUUCUUGGACUCACUUUGGCUGGUACAUGUGCUCCCUGUCAUUGUUCCAUUAUUCUGAAUACUUGGUGACAGCAGUCAAUAAUCCCAAAAGUCUGUCCUUGGAUUCCUUUCUCCUGAAUCACAGUCUGGAGUAUACAGUCGCUGCUCUUUCUUCUUGGAUAGAGUUCACACUUGAAAACAUUUUUUGGCCAGAACUGAAGCAGAUCACCUGGCUCAGCAUCACGGGGCUGCUGAUGGUGGUCUUUGGAGAAUGUCUGAGGAAGGCGGCCAUGUUUACAGCUGGCUCCAAUUUCAACCACGUGGUGCAGAAUGAAAAAUCAGAUACCCAUACUCUGGUGACCAGUGGAGUAUAUGCUUGGUUCCGGCAUCCUUCUUACGUCGGGUGGUUUUACUGGAGUAUUGGAACUCAAGUGAUGCUGUGUAACCCCAUCUGCGGCGUUGGGUAUGCCCUGACAGUGUGGCGGUUCUUCCGUGAUCGUAUAGAAGAAGAAGAAAUCUCACUCAUUCACUUUUUUGGAGAGGAGUACCUGGAAUAUAAGAAGAGGGUGCCCACGGGCCUGCCUUUCAUAAAGGGGGUCAAGGUGGACCUGUGAUGGGCAGUGACUCCGGUGACCUUGGGGCCUCCGACCCUGUGCAGCCUGGGACAAAACUGUUUCCGGUUGGCCGCUGCGACAUGGAUUUUCUUAAUCGUUUUGUAUGUCACUAGUCACUCUUCUGGAAUGUCCCUUGAGACCAAGCGGUCAGAAGGCCUGAGGACCCAAGGCCCCACUGAAGCAGCCUGUCCUUGUGCUGAAUCGAGGUGGAACGUGGGUGAAAUACCAGUAAGAGGCAAAUCACAGCAAUAUUCCACAGCGCCCUCCAGAGUGACCUGGGGAGAACCCAGGCCACACGCCACUGCCCCCGAGGCCAAAGUGUAAGUAAAGUAUAACCAGGACUCCCUGGGAGAGAUAGACUCUGUCCUCAACAACACUUCCACAGCAGAAAGGGGUAGCGGGUACUCUGCUUAUCAGUAUUAAAAAUACAUUUACAACCUUUCAUUUAACCGAAAAACAAACCGCUUUAACCUCUUUAUUUCUGUCCACUGCAUGAACAUCUAGACAAUUUGAAAGAUACUUCCUCAUAGGAUGCUUUGGCCCUUCAUCUAUUUAAUCAUAGCUACAUAUCUAUUUUUUAUAAGUAGCAGUACACCUUCCAAGGGGACUCGCUUGGUGUUCCUAGCUCAACUUUUAUCCUGCAGCAAGUAAGCCUAGAUACCUCCACACGAUUUGGCCGAGUGGCUUUGUGUGAUUAUGACCCCAGGCCAAGGGGACCAUGGCCCUGGCCAGCUUUCCUGGGGGUCCUGGCUCCUGUUGUUAGUGACAGGCGGUUCAAAGGAGCGUCAGUUUCUCUUGAUCCAAGAAGUGCUUACCAAAUGCCUGCUCUGUGCACGGCGUUAAACACCGUGAAGUGCUGCUCUCCAUUUAUUUGGGAUUUGAUUCUCAUUUUACCAUAGCUUAUAUUCUCAAUUUCAACGUAAAUCUCAGAACUCUUGUUUUCUGUGUUCUGUUCUCAAAAUUACAUUGCCCCUCAUAUCAUUUCAAACUGUUUUCCAAAGGGGUUUAAGCAUAUACAACGACAAAUCCAAGCAGAUUGACUCUCAAAAAUAAUCUUCAAUAGUGCAAAUAGUCCCAGCCAAGAUUCAGUCAAUAUGUUUGUUUUGCAAGUUUGGGAGAGCAGUUGGCCUUGAGUCACACAUCGAAGCUUUAAGAGGUGAGAUGCUGGCUUCAUUCUGGACAAGACAGGAACUUGGCCUCAGUGUGAGAUCCUGCCACGCGGUGUUGCGGUGGCCUGAUAAAGUGUGAAUGUGAAGGCGGUGUCGGCGCGGGUGCAGAGCACCACUCUGUCACCCCACCGCGCAGCCUGUGAGGACCCACUAAACCUUUCCGUGCCUAGACCACCCCAUCUGUGGAAUGGGGUCAAUACCACCUACCUCACAGGGGUGUUGUGAGGACUGAGAAUAACAAUGUCAAAUGUUUUUAAUACUCAGAUGCAGGGGUGACAUCAAUGAAAUCUGUACUGUAAAAAAGCUACACAAACAUGGGCAGACAUUUGGUUAAUUGUGCCAGAUACCUAAAAUGUAUGUUCAGAAAAGCAUUUUAUCAACUAAGAAAUAUGACUUAUUUCUAGAUUUCAUGGCUUAAUGAAUUUUUUCAUUGUUAUAUAUACCAAAGAGGCUUACGGGUUCAUUGAUUACUAGUGUGACACCUGCUGGUUUGAAAAUCAGACAGACUUGUCCACUGGCCCUCAAAAUGGGCGUGCGGUGGGACUCUAGCCAAGGCGGUGACCGAGCCAUCAAUAGAAUCUCUCUGGAGUGAAGGAUCCCCAGUGGGACAUCGACUGGCACUCGCUCUGUUUGGGAGCUUGAGUUGAAUCAGUUCUAAACUUGUCCUUUAGACCAUGCCUAGGGCAGCAAAUUUCCACUUCCUAGAACUGCAAACUGGGAGAGGAUGUAGAUUCUGGCAGCCUGCCCCAGCUCUUUGAGGGAAAGUUCUUUCCUCUGUAUCUAAGUAGCAUGGGGCCCAGCGUCCACUCCCAUUGGGAGCCAUGAAGUUUUCUUGUUGAUAGGUCUGGGGCAGCUGUUAGUAGCCCCCGGCCUUGUGGAUGGUAAGACUGAUAGUGUUGGCAUUUAAUACCGUCCUCCAUCUGCCAGAGGCCAGAAAGCCCACCUUCACACCGGGCCCAUCCGCUGGAAGGAACCCAGGAGGCAGGUCUUAGGGUUUCACAGUGACAUGCUGCCCGACACCAGGGGAAACUUGACAUUGUAGCCUGCUUUAAAGAGGAAUUCCAGGGGUGGGGAUGGUGAGAGAACAUUCCCACCCUCCUUAAAAUCCCAGGGCAGAAGUUAGCAAUUGCUUAGGGAUAAAAUAGGAACUCCUUGAGGGCAGGAUUUGGUAAGUGAUUGACUUCUUUUUAGUUCCACGAUCUGGAGAUUAUUUUUAGCUUUAUAAAUUCAGCAGUGGUGGGGCCUGCGGCAGAGAAUCAGGUUAAUGAGGUAAAGGCUUUUCUGGGUAUUUGCUGCCAAGGCCACAUCACCAAUUUUCUCAUUUAAAAAGCUGUCAAGAGAUUUAUUUUUCCAUUGCAGGUUUUAAAGUGGAGAUUCUUAAAUGGAAAAUAGGUACUGCCCAGAACAAAGCUACUUGGAAACAGCAUAAAGUGAAGCCUUUCGUGAGGGCUUGCAGGCUGCUGCUGAGUGGCAGUUUACAGAAGAGGUCGCGGGGUGAGCCUCUUAGCAGGACGGAAAACAAGGUAGUGGCCUACCUGCCACCCCUUUGCUGGUGCGAGCUGCUCCUUAAGCCUAAAAAGUAGACUCCCUUCUGUUUAUAUAGCAAUCUGAGGGGUUGAUUUGACAGGGAAAAUGUUCCUGAACCAGGAAGUUGCAUUAACCGAUUAGGCUUAGUAAGAUCUCGGCCACAGCUGGCUGCCAGCAGUCCCCUCACGACAGGCACAGCACACCACUGUCCCUUCGCUGCACUUUCUUCCUGCCUUAGGUAGUUGGGCUUGCCCACCAUAGUUUGCUUUUGUAGUGGUUUGGCAAGGUUAGAAGACCUUGACCUCUCUGUCGUGGUGGGAAGUGCUUAUUCUCUGGGCGCCUGCUGCAGAAGACGUGGCACCUGCCAUGGGUUUGGAAGACCCGACCAUCUGCAAUAGAGGCGGUCUGUCCCAUUGCAAGGAGAGGAACUUAAUGGAGUAAUUAUUCUACUCUUUUUACAUACAGAAAUGUUUAUUUAAAUAUUCUAAAUUGGAUUUUCUUUCACAGAUACUGAUUAUUCUUUCCAGUUCUUAAAUAAAUAAAACUGCACUUGAUU